AUGGGGAGCAUUGGCAAAGUGUCUCUGCCUUCAGAAUAUGUAUAUGCUGCACUAUUAGAUGCAUACUCAGGUCUAUUAAGUCAUCAAUCCAUAAUCUUGGCCAUGAACUCCAGCUUUGUGGAUCCCUGUAUGCAAUUUGAAUUCCAAUUGGCUUUGGUAGCAUCAUCAUUUAAAAUGGUAACUGACAUGCCAAGCCUGGACAAAAUAAAAGGAAUCAAGGACAAGAAAAAUUACCAUGAGAGCCUGGAGGCUUUAUACCAAAGUACUUUAACUGUAUUUGAGGACACUCUUAUGGUCUUAGUGUCUAAAGACCUCUAUAAAUUACAAAUGUUAAAGGAAAUCGCUGUGUGGAUGAAUGAAAAUAGUUCACACCUGCAGGAAAGGAUCAUGGUAAUCAUUAGCAGAGUGCUAGCUUUCGCAUCCCAGAAAUCCAGGACUUACCCAAGUGUGGAUGCUCCGUGUUUGGGUGACCUGGCGGCAGAGCUGGCCCUUCUGUGCAGUCAUUUUAAUCCUGCAAUCACACAACAAGCAUCCUUGGGAAUGUAUCACCUCCUCUGUAUUGCGAAAAGCCAGAAUGGAAGCACAACGGAUAAAUCUAAAAGCCACAGUAAUGCCAUAGCUUCUUCUACUGAUUUGGAAUUUCUUCCCAAGGUUUUACAACGAGACAAAAGUAAAAUUGCUCAGCAUGUGGGAUAUAACUUAAUACCCUCUUUGCUGACUGAUUUUGUAUGGAAUCUCCUGAUGAAACUCUCCAAACCUAAUAAUAAAACUGCGUCUGAGGCAGCAUCCAUGCUGAAAUUGACUCUGGAGUACCACGCUGCUAAGGUCACCAUGGUGUCUAAGAUUGUGGAUACUAUUUAUAGGAAAUUGUGUCAAAAUUCUACGCACAUUACGAGUAUUGCUAUGCUACGGGUCAUUGCCUUGUUGACACGAACUUCGCCAAAGAAAGUCAUUUUUCAGCUUAUGGACUAUCCAGUCCCAGCAGACAACACUCUGGUACUGAUGUGGCAUGCUGCUAGUUCUGAAGCAAGUGUGGCCCCUCUUGUGAUGAAGACGCUCCUGCUGAUACUUAAAGGAAAGCCUGGGGAAUCGAAAGACAGCCUAACAGGAAAAAGCCGCCCCUCUAUGGACGAAACCAACAUGAUGCCUGUGGCGGCGUCCCAGGCCUUGUGCACAUUGCUGCCUGUUAGUUCUUACAGGAAAGCAGUGGCCCAGUUCUUCCCCCAGCUCUUGAUGGCCCUCUUGCUUCAAGUCUUUUACAGCAGCGACCUGAAAGUGAUCACCAAUGGCAUACCUUUCUUUGCCAGAGAUGCCCUGAGAAUCCUGCUGAAAUGUUCUGGACUGCAACAGUUGGACAGUGCUCUUCAGAAAAGGAACUGCUGGAGUCAGUUUUCCCAAGUGCUGUUUCAACACCAUGGGGUUUAUCUUGUGGCCAAAACUCUCAGUGACUAUAACUUUCCACAGUUUCCAGAAACCCUGCGUUAUCUCUACAAGCUCUCAGUGGAAGGUCCAAGAAGGUCAGAAGACAGUGUCGUCACAGUAAUAUUUCUCACUGAGCUUUUGAAUAACUUCUUCAGUAAUCCAUUUCCAGAAGAAUUUUUGGUUCUUUUCAUAAACUGGGUAAAUGAUGUAAAUCCUUCUGUAUGUAAACUGAGCUUGCAGAAAAUUGCCACCAUGGCACCAGUUGUCAAUAAGGUAGAAAAUGUCUGCAGCUUAAUAUUAUCGAUCUUGGAUGCCUUCUUGUCCAAAGAUAAGACGGUGGUAAUUCGGGCCUUGAUCACCCUCCGAAAACUUUUAGAAAAAUUGGACAAGGUCAUCUAUUCCUCUCUAUGCACCAAAAUUGCUGCCAGCUACUGUCCUCUGAUGGAUCAUAGUAGUGAAGGCGUUCGGAGUAUGGCCAUCAGGCACUUUGGUGAAUUACUCAGGGAUAUGUAUCAAUACACGUGGAUGUUCAAAGACGUGGUCUUGGAAGGCCUGGUGUCUCUUAUCCUGUUUCUGGAGGAUCCGACGAUGGUAGUAGUUAGAGCAUGUAAAUAUACAUUAGAAAUCUGCUCCUUACAAUUUGACUGGUCGAUAACAUAUUGGCUCACAGACAAAAAUUAUGAUUUUGAAAUGGUGGUGCUCAACAUCUGUAAUAAUCUUAAUAUUUCUCACUGGAGCUACCUUACAGAUUUGAUAUCUGAUACACUAGGAUUUCUGAACAGUUCCCGAGCAUAUCUGAGGAGGGGAGCAGUUAUUUUACUAGGGUACUUGGCAAAAUUGUGCAGCCAUUUACUCCUCAGCCUUGAAAUUGAAGUGAUGCUUGAUGCUAUUGAUCGAAUGCUUAGAGAUGAAGACUCUUCAAUCCGGGAGUUGGCAAAGCAAACAAAAAAGCUUUUUCAGGAAAUAUCCUAUGGAUUGACCUCCUCAAGUGUUAAACAAACCUUCAGAAGAUUGUUUAACUUCUUCUGCUUCAAAAAAUUGAAGAUAAUUUAUCAUUAUAAAAAAAUUCGAUAUGACAAGGAUCUGUUACGGCGUCCAUCAUCACUUACUGUUAGCUGUUAUCAAGCCAGCAUGCACCUGAGCGCAACGCCAUUUACAGCAGGAUCGGGCGACUACGCUCCUCAGAGGAUUCACUGGCUGAAUUUUACAGGUCGACUUAUUCUUAAACCCAUCUUACUCUGCAGGUGUCGCUGUUCAACACCUGUUCACCAUCAGUGCAACUCUCACGACUCCACCGACAGAAGCGUGGUGGCUACACAUUGCAGUGUGUUGUCCAGGGACCCCACUCAGAUCUCUCUAAUGGAAAGGGAGGAUUCUGCCAUGUAA